AUUGACCGGCAGGCUCACCAGCCAGACGGCGAGCAAAAGGGUGAGACGAUAAAAGUAAGGGGGUUACAAGAAGAAGUUGACGGGCCGAAUACAGGGAAGAUGGCUGCGGAGGAGCCGUGGACUGAACAGGGCACCCCAUCUGAACUCUGCGCUCCGUCCACGCUGGAGUUGGGACAGCAGAGGUGGCAGACGUCACAUUCCUUAUUAGAUUUUGCCUUGGGCGCUGGUACCUCGCAAUGCGCCUUCCCGUCUAUUUGGCUGCGAUUCGAUGCUAUUUCUGAGCACAAUCAAUAUGCGCGGCUUCUCGGGAAAGCACUGGCGGCCACAAACAUUUUGUACUUCAGACGGAACAUCCUCCUGUUCGUGCCCCAAUAGCCCUGGCGUUUCAAAUAAGCUCUAUGCAUUACGUUCGCACACGCGGAGCCUGGCUUUUUGGCCUUCAGUAUGAGUGGCACUACUGCUGCAAGCCUAACCCUAUUCCCUCAAAAAGCGCUGAAGCAGCAAUGUCUUCGCGUCAUGUUUGCUAAUGGUUGUAGUGGUAAACUGACGCUUGUUCUGUUUUAGACACAGAUUUUGUUCGACGACGCCAGAAAGUCUAGAAUGCCGCAAGUAGGCUACGACCUCCUUUCUGCCAUUAAAAACGGCAACCCAAGAGCCUGCUAUGGUUUGCUUUCAAGCUUCGCCUUGAUAACUUGCCGUAAAAUUAGCGCAAAUAUUUUCCUGAUACUAUAUAUUCUGGUAAUGCAGCUUUUGUUGGACGGAUCGAUUUUGCGUCAGAUGUGUGACAGGUGUUCAGAGACGAAUCCAUAGGCUUCACGUGCAAUAUAUGAUAUUCUUCAAAUACGCCCACAGAGACAGUUGCCAACAUCCUUAAAGCCAAUAACAGAAUUUUCACAGCUAGAAGUAGAUACAUUUGACAUACUGCUGGAUUUAGAGUAUGUAAAACGUCGGCUAGAAUAGGUAUAGAAUGUAGGAUUUCAAGAAGUAUGAAAGUGCAACUAGAUCCUGCUAAUACCGGCAUAGUACAAGCAGGUGUUAUAGCUUCUAUCAGCACGUUACUUCCGCUACCGGCGCAGGCUAUUUCUUUUAGGCCACUUCUUUUGUCUGUGAUUGUUGUUGAUAGGACAAGAGUAUCACCCCUGACACCCUUUCAAUGUCGAUGUGCCCUGGACACUCUUCAUUCGUCCUCAAUCUAGCCCGGCUUGAACAAUACUAGUAAAGGCAUGUAAUUGAAUAAGAUACAACGCUUGACUGCCAUGACAGCAGCCAUCGAACAGCAGACGAUAGCGUGUUACUGAUCCUUUGAAUGCCGUGCCUUAACUGCUAGCUCGAAACGCUUCUCGUACAUUCAGCAGUUCGACAAUCGGCCUUAUCUUCAACAAAACAAGAGCGAAGGACACUUAUAGGCGCGUAGAUACAAGCAAAAUGCUGAUUUGUACCUACUUAGCACAUUCGUAUACAUAGAGACAGUACGAUUGUUAUCGUUGCCACUACUGCUGAUAAAGGUGAUGAAGGCAAACAUGACUCAGUUUAAGAUAUUUGAAGUGCCUGUUAAUGAGCUAUGGACUCAAGCAUGAGGAUAUCGAUGUAGCGACGUUCAAGUUACGCAUUUCAAACAUCUAUAUACCUAGCACUCUCUAUUUGUAUCAUCUAUCAAGAAAAAUGUACAAAUGUUUUUUUUGGUCAGCUUUAAAUUAAAAUUCGUUAAAAAUUGAAAUAUCGCAUACCGCUGUUUAGAUACGAUUGUAACAAGCGGCUGAUUCGUAAGGAUAUGGAAGAACAGACAUCUAAACGUCCUGGUACAAUUGUAUCGGAUAUUCUACAGCGAUUUGUCAGAAGCAGUGAAAAGCCUUUCGGGUCAGAUGCGUUUCCAAUUGAUUGCCUUAUCACGUAUUAUAAUAACAGCCCUUAUUAGAAGUAUUGUAUUUUGUGGACGAGCGGCAUUCAUGACGGCAGAACACAAAUCGGUAACGAACUAAUUUAGGAACAAAAUUGUGCUAAAAAUCAAUUUGAAUGAAACUAAUCAACCAACACUAAAGCAUACAUAUUCUGUCUUAAGCCCAAAACAACAAUAUUAACAGAAAUUGAAUAAUCUCUUUUUGUUAUUGUCAUUCUUUGAGGGAGAAGGCUCAGGAUCGUUUAUUACUUUGGAAUGAGGUACAAUUUGGACCCUUUGUAGGUUUAAAUUUAAGCAAGCUUCCUUAAGUAAAAAGCUCUACAUAUACAUAUUCUCGAGCGUUCAUGCGGAAACAUUUCAUGGCCGUCUCUAUCGACGACAAAUUCAAACUUAUAUUUCCCAGUACUAUCAACAACGAACUCGUAUAACAACCCUGCUGUAACAACAAGUCGCUGAUCGCUUAACCCCAUUCUGCACUUGAAAAUGAAUGUUAUCUCCCGAGUCUCGCAUUCCCAGUAUGCUUACUUACACUCAGAUUGAUACUGUAGAUUUGUAAAGCGGCCACUAAGUCCUUAGGCAUGAAAAAGUUGGUUCAGAGUUGGACACGUGGUUACCUAGAAUACACCUGAUCAGUCUUCCGAUACUGCUAAUAGACGUUGCGGCCGGAUUUUGUUUUACCAUGAAAUGAAGCGCGUUCAGCCUCGGCUUCGAACCCUACAUGUCCUCAACUCUAACAGGCAAACACGUUAGCACUGUAGGAUAACGAAAGUAGAUCUGAUACGCUGCGACCUCACUAGGCGACGCUGGAACGAAUAGAUUUUCUACCUAUAUCUACGUAUUGCUGCAAUUAAUAGUAAGCAGCCUGGUUUUGACGUCCCAGAAGCGUAUAACUGUUGAACUGCUCUUCUCGAACAGAGCCUAGUACUAUAUAAGCCUACCACGUUACUGCCAAUGUAAGCUGCACGUUGGAUCAAGCAGCCAGCCACCUGGUCAAAGAGAAAGCCUGACAUAUUAUUGCAACUGCGCUGUGUGUGAGGUAUUCGAUACUGACAGUCAAUCUGAAUGGCGUUAAGGUGUUGUAAAGAUGGAUGGGUAGGACUCUGGCCGCUAACUCGGAUCAGGAAAAGUGGCUGGAGUAUAACGUUGGCUGGUUCUGGCCUUUGUUGUUAGUUGCUGUUAUCCAUCUGUUCGCUUGCAUCUUGUGUGUACGGUGCAUGCUGUGUUCUUCCACUGGCUACUCUAGCUGGUGGAGCCGAAGUUUGGAUAAGCAAGCAAUUCGAGCCGAACCGACUGCCACAAAUUCGACAUCAUGCCCUAGGUUCUGAUAUGCAGAGCUUCACGGAUGAGAAAGUUAAAUGAUGCAUGCUUAGUCGGAAUGAAAAGGUAAAACCACACCGACGACUAAGGUAAAGGGAAGUAGGUAUAAAGGGCUCUUAACACUGAAGUUCGCCAUUCCUUGGAACAUGCAUACGGAUCCAAGUACGUUCUCAAGCAUUGCAGUAAGCGAUGUUUUUUGCGCCGUACGUUGAUUUUUUAUGAUUCUUCAGUGGAGACUAACUGAUUUGUUCGGCCAACUUGGCCUUGAGUGCAAUUGGCCUUACGCCGACACGGUGUGUAUUUGCAUGUGUGCGUAUGGUAAGUUGGUAUUUCAUUUCGUCGUCGACCAUGCUGAUUUUAAUGUCUGAGUUAUCUUUGGAAAUUAUCGUAGAUGUCUCGAGGACGAGAUAAAUGCGGCGGCCCAGUGGAAGCUAACCCAACCUAUAGCCACAUAACAGCCACACACACCCACAGAACGUCAGUACUCGUUGAAACCGUCCCUUACGGGACACUACUUGACCAAUGGGGGGCUAGAUUCGCUCAACGCAGCGGUGCCUCCAGGGAGACAAAACAACCUCAGCGAACAAAGGCAAGACGCCGCCAAAAAAAUAACCAACCCAUCACAAGCUUGUUCCUCCGAAGAUGCACAUACCCACAUAGAAGAAGCGCAUUCGUGGAGGCGAAGGGGCAGGAAAACACAACGGCUGCCCCCAGGAGGACUCAGGAAUUUCAAGAGCACCCGGCAGCGACCUACUACUGUCUCCUCGCGCUCAAGGCCGGUCGCUGCCGCCUACUCUUGUUCCCAUCAUCUGAAUUCCUCUUUAUCUUGUAACGGAAUAGAGGCCUAGUGUGGAUCGUAAGGGCGGACUCACAGAAGAUCCAAGCGAAUACGAGCGGAAAGCGAGACAAGAGAGGGUGGCGAACCACUAGGAAAAGGGCGACAAGUUAUUGCAAAAAGUGAACAAGGGGCGGCGGAAAAGAACGGAAGGGGCAAGGACAAAGCCAACUAGAAACGGGCACAACUCACUGCACUAGGCUACCACAGUCUUUUCUUGUUAGCUUGGGAAGACUUUUGGUCUUUCCGCCCUCGAGUAGGUUGCUGUUUCCCCGAUGCCAUGUCUGCUAACGCUGCUACUGCUGCAGGCGGCAUUAGCGUUACCAGCGGGAAUGAAGUAGGCCUCUGCUCCGGGACUUUGGGGAACGGAAGGUGGGGACGACCUCGCCAGGCGAGUCAGUGGCAGUCAACGCCAGAAAAAUGCUACCACGGAAGAAAAAAGCCGAGUAUUGCCAGCUAAGUGAGGGGCAGAGCGGAAUGGGGAUUAGACCCCCCCCCCCCCCCCCGUUGUUUCCUCGGAAAGAAUCAAUCGACGCUCGAGAAUUCGAAUGGUGCUACACUAUGAUAUAGUGGAGGUACAGUCAAGAUAGCAGCGGACUGCCGAACUAGCCGUGGGGGCUUGAAAUAGAUUCGAAAUAAGCCGCAGCAGACUUCAGGCAACGUUAGCAAAAAAAAAAAAAAAAAAAAAAACUGGUUACAAUCACUUAUGAAAAACGUGCUUGCCAUUAUCCAACCUUUUCUAGUUGGCAGGACUGGAAGGCCGCCGAACGGCGAAGACACUGUGCCUUAAAACAGGCAGCGGAGACAUGCUGACUCAAUUCCUUAAAGCCGCCGACCAUGACGAUGGCAUUGACUGUGGAACAACCCUCUAACAAACGGUUCAGCGGAACAACCCAAGGGAACGUAGAGUAUAUGAUCAGCGCAUUAUGUGAAUCCAGUUGGGGGCUUGGGUUGCUGUGCAAAGCGUCGACCGUAUUGCUUAGAAACUUAUUUGUGCUACUCCGAUCGAAUCUCGAGACCUGCUAGGUUACAGGAGCCUCCGGAACCCGAGGCAAAUGGCGGAAUACGAUAGUCCAAACAAGCUCGCUAAGACCAACCAUUUACGAUCCAACGCUAAUACUACAAUAGUUGGGAACGCUGACGGAAAACAUUGGUCCAUCCCAGUCGAACGACGGGACGCUUUCAUGCUGUGCUAACACACAGUGGAAUACUAGUUACAAUGGUUAGCGCAAUGAUAUUAGUAACGAGAAAUAAUAGGAAGGUUGUAGAGUGGUCGAAGAACUAUAGCAGACGCAACCGGGAAAUCGCCACUCUCUCAUAAAAUGACUGAUACAAAUACGAAAGUGUGGCGCAAAUGAUGCCGCAAACAAGAAGAUGCUGAGCGGAACGACGAAAACGGGAACGUACGCAGAAAGUGCAAAAAGCAUAGAAAAAGAGACGGGAUAGACAGAUGGACAAAAGGACAUGCGAAAGGGAUAUCUGGGAAAGCGAGCAAAAGCUCAUGGAGGGAAGCUGUAAGGUUUGCCAGGAAUCGAAAAAACAGAAGACGUUACAAAAGCGAGGCUAUCAGCAUAGCCGUCCUCACCCCCAUCCGAAGCUGGCUGGAUCUCGGCACCCGGAUUUAGGUCAACAGGUUGGACCCUUGCCGCCUAUGGCAUUGGCAACAGCGGGCGAGCCGGCUGGUUGGCUUGGGACCAGUCUUCGUGGUAAUGGAGCAAGCGAAGGUGGCAGAGGUUUUCGCAAGUUUUCGUCAGCCCAUCAUGAACACCAGCACACGUACCAACAUUCGUCACCAGCACAAGUUCAGCACGAGCAGCGCCAUCUACAUCAUCAUCAACAGCAACAAGCCCAGAUGACGCCUCAGCUGAUCGGGCCGCCACGAGCAAGUUCCCUUGGCCCGUCGCAAUCAUCACACAUGUUACCAUUUUACCCCAAUGCAGCCAUGCAAGCCAGGUCAGGAAGUUCGGUCAAUUCAUGCGGUGAGUCCACUGGAAGGUUUCGUACUGAACCCGACGAACAAUGUCAGCUUUUUGGCCCGACUGAUCCCACUACUGCUAACAGCAGUACCCCACCAAGCCCAAAACUAUUAGAGUGCCAGCCGUUUUACGGAUCCUCGAAGUACAAUGUAACAUGUCGAAGUGCGAACGAUCACAUGGACGAGGAGCACACGGAAGAUGACGCGGAAACAGAAGCACUCAUGUCGGCACAAGACAGAGAUGACUCACAUUCACACAACAUCCUGAUCCGCGAUCACGAGCAAAUGACAUCGAUACCGCCCAUAAUGGCCGUUCACCAACAACAUUUUUUCGACGUCGCUAGCCACCCUGAUACGAUAGGCGGUGUAAACAGGUUACAACCGAGCUGGACUGUGUGGCCCACUUGUUCACCGAACGGCCUUGCUAGCACAUAUGGCCGUGGGGCAGUGCCCCUUGGCACGCCGGCAGUCUUCGGCAGUGCAAUAUCCUCGGCAUCGACAACCAAUAAUUCAGACAGAUCAAUGGACACCGUCAUUCAAAGCUGUAGUGCAAGGCUUGCGUCAACUAAUCCAAGCAGAUUGCUCAUUGCUGGCAAUAAUCACAGUCAUCAUUUUUUAGCGUGGGCACGGGGCCGCAGUACAACCAGUAUGAGGCUGGCCGCAAUGCGCCAGCGCGGUCCCGUGAUUACGAUCCGUGAAGCUGAACAGCACAACCAGCCACGAAAGCAUCGAUGUGAGCGAAAAAGGGACGCAGAACGCUUACUCCGUCAGGUCCUGCAGUCGAAGACAGCGUUGACCACGUAUACAACAUGGAAACAGCAACACUGCCACCGUGAAAGUGAGCCGCAGAGCCAACAUUGUCUGCAACAACAGCAAAAACAGCCACAGCAACGGGUGCAGUUAGAAGAACCCGGGCAGCACAUCGAGCUGAACGAACUUAGCGCACCCCGUUUCCACCUGCAAGAACUGUGCCCACAGGACAUUUAUAAUACGAGUGCAGUCUGUUCUGUGUCAGGAAUACCCCACCAGGCUGAGCGGUACCGAUGGAGACGGUGGAAGCGACGGCGAAGGCGACAGCGCGUCGGUCCCAUCGAGUCAGGUCCUAUCAGAAUCAAUAGGACACGAUUAUAUGACCACAAGGAAACUUUACAAGGGGAUGAACAGGUUUCGAUUGCGGGACCUUCUCAACACGAAUCUUGUCCAUGUUGUGCACAUCGACUUGCGUGGAGCUUUUGCACUGCCAGCGUUACGGAUUGCUCACGCGCUCAUCAACUGGGUAUUGAUGUAGCGAUUGAGCAAAUCUGCGGUACAAAAGAAGCUCCUACCAGUCGUAUACACCAGCCGCGGACAGCGGCAGCGACGCAAACCCUCUUGAGUGAUCAUCUCAAUCAACACUCAGCGACACUGCGGAAAAAAAAUUCUUCCCUGCUGCCUGUAGUUCCGGCUGCAGUUCCAGUAGCGACGUGCAUUAGUAAGGCCGGCGAGGAUGGCAUUGUUCAGGUGACCACUAUGGGCCUAAAGCGAUUUUGGCGACGCGUUGGCGUCACUAGACUGACCUCUUCAGUGCCUCCAGAUUCGUCUGAGUCUGAUCAUAUGACGGUCGUUCCAACGCUGCCUCAACCACACCAGCCCGUCGUCGGUCUCCAGCGGUUGCCAACGAUUCUUGCGCCGUCACUCGUAGCACGUCUGCUGCACGCGGGACAGCGUUCCCGCGUUGAGUUCGUCUGACCCUGUCCGAACGGGGGCGCCGGCAGCAUACGAAAUCGCUCCGCAGUUUUCGACGUCCGCCAGCAUUCGUCGCUGUCACCUCGUUUUGUGCUGUACGGCACAAACGAUGAUGACGAUCACGACCGCGACGAUAUAUAUAUCGAGAGGUCAGACAAGCAAGAGUUCUGUCGCAUGAGUGCCCUCAAUUACCGAAAUUUCUCGCUUUCUGACUACUGACCGUUUGAUACGGCCAUACCGAGCCGGUGCAGAUUGAUGUCUAAUGCAGAAGAUAGAUGACAACGUGCGCUGUUUAACAGUAUAUACUGGUUCAUUUAUACCAAGCCGCAUUGUCAGCCGAUUCCUGUGCCAGCAGCGUAAUGACCGCCUUUAAUUAUUGCUAACACAUAAUUACUAUAAUAAUACAGACUCGUGCAUCUGCACGAAACACAUAGGGCAGGCCCACAAGUCGCCUCCCGGAAAGCGCGCACAAAGCAAUUAGACUCACGCUUGUCUGCAGCAGUUAUUGGUAAACAGUGACAGAGACGAUAAAACGGCCGGCGGCAGUAGAGUGAUGAUCGAAUGCGAGGAAGCCUACUGUAUUAAUAACAUAUUAUAUUGCUUUGGUAAUGAAAGACAAUAAUGCAUGGGAUCGUUAACGAUAUUAAACAUGAUACGUGAACAGAAAAAGCGGCCACAGCAGCUGAUCGACCUCGAAAGUAAGGCGUCCGGUAAGAGCACGUAUAUGUCAGAGUAAUAUACAUAUAUAGAGAGAGAGAGAGAGAGAGAGUAGGACAAGAUCCAAAAUUCGAAUGGGAACAGCACGAUAUUAUAGUAAUUUAUUACUACCACGACCACUACUGAUGGUGUGCCCUUGUACGUAUCCAUUGUGUGAGGUUCACGUCGCCAACGAUACGGAGCAACUUAUAAAAUCGUCUACUUAUUUAUGGAUUACCUAAGCGUUCUUUAUCCUAUCACCGAAAUGUAUUCGGGUUGAUUGAGCAUGCUCCCUUACCGAGAAGCGAUUACAAACGGGAAAGGUUGAACGUGAGGCAAAACUGCUGGAUCUAGAAUGGCAAACAAGGACAGCGCUCCCGCGUUAGAGUACGCCUACCGAAGAAAAAAUAUUAUUCAUCGGAAUCUCUUUUCGCAUUAUAAAAACCAACAUUCUCGUCACAACAAAAACACAGUAAGAUCUCGAUUUACAGCCGUUGUGCAGAAGCGUAUAAUGUGCUUCGGCUUAUUAUCAAUAAAGUCAAUUUUGUUUUAUUUAUAACAUUUUGGUACUAUUUCAGCUUUAUCAAGCUUCCGCCCGGAGCAAUUCUGCAACUACUUCGUCUACCAGAAAUUGUAGAAACUCAGUUUUAUCCAUUAUCAAUUGAAUGCUACAAACUUCGAAUCUGUACAUAUGGCGUGUACAAUACUGAUGCUACCUUGCCAUGUCUGACGCUAGUUCUCAUUUACAUAUCUACAAGCAACCAAAUACUAGGUGAUAAGAGGAAUUCAAUAAGUUAGCCUUACGUAUGAUAUCACAAUAUUUGUGCUGUUGUAGUACUUUUCGUUUCGCAGAUUGCUUUCUUCCAAUAUACGGCGUACACUUUUAUCACAACCAGUUCCAAUAUGACUACGUCUGAGUACCCGUAUGAGAAAUGGCUUUGCCAGUUUGAAUAGUGCGCUUUGUUCUCUGUUUGUAUUUACAACUAUUGCCGUGAUAAUAUUGAAGGUACGGACUGCUACGGGUGGUGCUUCUGCUUAGCUUGCUUUAAGCUGUGCGACAGAGGACUGCGUCAUUGACGUCCUGAUAGCUAAGUAUAAACGUCUCUCGUGCCUUUAAGAGCGUCGCAUCUCAAUCUCCCUAACCUUAACUCCAGUAUCCGCGCGGAUCAAAAGACACCCCUUACUUAGUCACCCACGAUUGCUUUGCCGUUGCGGCUGGGACGCCGGCACCACCACCAUUAACCUGCCAGUGGGUUUUGCGUAUGGCAGCACUAGCAGACUUAGCAAGCUCACACACUUUUGUUUUAAGCUCGGGAUCCAAAACGACAACGAAUCGUCCGUCCGUCCUAAGACAAAGACGGCUGGACUGCUAACAGCAAUGAACGAGGCCAGCGAAGAAAGCGUGUUUCUUCGAUCAAGUCAGGGCCAAAGCUGCGAGCCGUGGAGGUUGCUCUUGCUGCUACUACAGCGACUGCCUUGUUGUGUCCGUAAUGUAUGCGCCACAGGCAAUCGUAAGCUUCAUACGAAGCGGUUUGGGUGGACCUCUCAGACCUGCUUAGACUGCGGACAUAGGUUAGCAAGGGGUGGCUAGUGAGUAGUCGGCUGGUUACCCCAUCUGAUCCCCGUCUUUAUCGCUUCUUCACUGUUGCUUACGCGCCGCCAAUACCAACUAUGUCGGCACCACCGCUAGCCACAACGACGACGACCGUUAGCGCCAAUGGUAAGUACAUGGCGGUGCCUGGUGGAUGGAGCCGGCCUGGUCGGUGCCUGCUUGAAGGUUGCUGGUUAGGGCCUUCUUGGUCGGUCCUGGCUCUGCCCGCCCAUCUGGGCAUGUCUGUCCCUUUCUUUGAGAGGAUCCGCUCCUUGCCUUAGUUUUUCCUUGUAUCACAGCCCAGCAGCCCAUACCCUCCCCGACGGUUUGGCUGCGAUGAUGACGAUCGGGCCCGAAGCCAGGCUCUGCGACCAGAGAGAGGCCCUGCUGCACAGUGGGUGCUAGUGCAGCCCACGUCGACCCAGCUGUGGCGGGGUCGACGGCUUCGGCAGUAUCCGACAGCUGCCAGGUCGCUCUUCACUGACAUAGCAUGCCAGCAACUGAAGGGCGGGGCCAGUCCUAUGUAGAUGCCUUCUUACCUACAUACCUCGCCCCCUAUCUCACUUCAACAUGCCCCCGCCCCAAGCGAUUUUCGCAGCAGUGUAUGAGCGAGCUCAUCAAGCGGGCUUGGCUGAGCAGCACAAACACGGAGGGAUAGAGUCUUUCGUAACUGCUACGCGGCUGGCCGCUGACGAAAGGCCAUGAGGAUUUCGAUGAGCCGUACGGCUCUCAGCCCCGCUUUUGCGAUGUGCAAUCGGCGGGCAGAGGGAUAAAGUUUUACCUGUACAGCCCUCAGUUACCACAUAUUCAUCCCUGAAGACUAUGAAGCUUUUUGCUAGUCCUAUCUUGUCUAUACAAGUCGCUCACCUGCUGGCUCGCGUGGAGUCUUGCUGUGUUCUAAGCCGCACCGCGCAUGUUCUCCUCUCAUUAAACCACCUAUGGGAAAAGAACAUGAAUGGAGAUUAGCCCGCAAGCUACAGCUUCGGUUCCCCUUUUGUAGCAUAGCUGGGAGAAAGAGAAAGGUUUUGCCUUUAGUGCAAUUGCGGCGUCAUUUGCGUGUACGCACACCGGCCAUUUCUUGACACCUUUAUUGUUAAACGCUUACAGGACACACAUAAAGCCCUUUUUUGCCUCAAGAUCAGCCCCUGCAGCCGAGUUCUAAUGCCAUCCGCUCGGACAUUCUCUAUCCUAGGGAAUUUCGCUUUUUUUUUGCCUAAACAACAUAGCACCAACAUGACCGACCUGUACUCAAUUAUGACUGUAAUCUAAACCACACCGUUAUGUUCAUCUUUCUAUUACUGUUUCCCGCUUCUGUCUUUACGCGUUCCCCCAGCUGCUACCGGAAUAGUUCCAGUAUCUUCGUCAUGUCUGCGUUCUGUUCAGUGAGAAGUUUGCGGAUUCUGUUUUUUUAAUUCAGUAACAGCCACGACGUCUGAUGAUCGAAAUCGUAGAAGGACAACUUGAUCUAUUUUCAAAAUUAUCCUUUUAAUCAAACUACCUUAUAGAGUUAAGAUUAUGACAUAAAAAGUGAACUAGCAUCGCUAAUAGGCGUUUCUCAAAUGCCGGCUUGACAUAUGAUUUGGUACGUUCCAAGUACAAUUCAGUACGUCUACUUAUGUCGCAUUUCGUUGACCUUAUGCCCGUGACUAAUAUAAUUUAUAUCCUGCAAGGCCCGCCUUCACCCUAGAAGAAGGUGCAACAAUCAGGACUGGUUGUAACAGUACGUGCGACUGCUAUUUAGUUACAGAUAUUCCACAUAAUGCCGUUAACUCUUGCUUGCUAAUACCCAAUACCCGGAGUUUUCCGUAAAAAUGUGCCUUGAUAAGAAAUAACUGAGAGAUCCACAGACGUGAGCUUAGUACAGAGAGAUAACGUACGAUAACACAAUUGCUUGCUUCGUGUAUGAAUACGAUGAUAACUGCUGAGCAUAUACGGCCAAUUCUCUAGGAAAGAAAAAGUCGAAAGUUUUAAGCCUACGACGUAUUUCCGGCGUUUCGUUGUUCGUUGUCUGUUUUACAUGACGGGAAAAUUCGCUUCGAGAGCCCUAAUUCUACUGCUAUUGCUGCUGCUGCUACUACGACUAUAGAUAUUGGACACAUAGAAGUUUUUCUUGAGCCUCAGAUGGCGGAUAUGCACACAUGAAUGUUCGUUUACAAGAAAUAACAGGCAAACCCAAUAAUAUCAGAGAACAGCCUCUUUUCUCGUUAAAGAAACGGGUCGGGGCGUUAAGUGACAAUCAUCAUGAGGAGGUUCCUAGUGACGUAUGCCGAUGACUUACAAAUGCGCUGGAAUUUUCCGCCUCUCCAUAUUGAAGAGGGGGCAGCGAGGUACAACUACCAGCCGAGGUACUGCUGUGCGCUCGAGCUCGCAAGGAAAGCGUGCUCUGCUCAGACGAUAAUGCUAAGACAAAGACGUAACAACAAGAUGUGUUCCUUCGAUGUGCGAAUAUGUGUCAAGAAACGAGUACAUAUGCAGCUUUGCGUCAUCGUGCCGUGAAAGAUUCAAAGCUAACAACACGCUAAACAAUAAAGACCUGUAAUAUAUAUAUAUUUCUGACCAUAACAUCAGUUGGUAAAUAAGUACAUCGUACGUGCAUGCGGUAAGCGUCACAAGUAAGCCAUGCAAGCUAAGAAGCAAAGGCGGAGAAAGCGUUCGAAACGUUCAUAGCCAGGAAGUGCAGUAAGCCUUUUGACUGUCAGCCAUCAUAAGGAAAAUUAGCCGCAGGUCGACCUGUUAUUAGUUAGUCGAAUUUAUGUGUACUAUGAAAAACUGUAUAGACAAGCAAACACAAAGCGUAGGCAAAUGAAAUUGUUGCGCUUUUGCCUCUUAAAACAAGUAAUCAAAGGAAAAAUGGAAGAAAUAUCGUAGGAAAAGCGGCAAACAUGCUACAUAUCGUGGACUUUGAAUUUGGCUAUCGUAAGCAAAGAAAGACUUGAAUAGGUUAAAAUUAGCGAUUCGGAGAAAAUUUUUCUCAGUCGAUGUUCUGACAAUAUUAGAAGACUGUAAAAGUAAUUUUGAAGCGUAACUUAGAUUAGAGCUCCAGUAAAGUUUGCCCAUUGCCAAACUGUUACUCUAGAUUCACAAUAUGAUAGGUCCUCAGUCGUGGCAGUGCUCUAAUCCAGUCGGCGUACGCGUGCGUUGCUAUCCAUACUACCACAUGAUAGUUCCGUACGUGAUAGAUAAGCAAUGGUUAGAAGUGUCAGGGAAAUUGGUAAUCGGUAACAGGACAAUGCUACUGGUAAUUAUGAUUACGCUUAUUAGAGCAGAAAUUUGGAGGUUGAUAAUCGGUGAUAGAUUAAUAAUCAUUAUUAUGAUUGUCUAUUAAAGUAGGACGUAAGAAAAAUAUAUCUACGAAUCGAUGACAGUGAAAUGACGACAGAAGAGGGAAACGUGUUAAAAACGCUGAAAAGGUGAUGACUGGACUAGAUAAGCCAAUCCACAUAUUCAUAGUCUAUACACAGGCCUGUGGGGUACAAGUGUUGGAGAGAACAGGGAGAUUAUAUAUAUAUAUAUAUAUAUAUAUAUAUAUAUAUAUAUAUAUAUAUAUAAACUUAUCUACAAGUACAAUAACGAUACUAAACAGAAUGUAAGAUGAUGACAGUGAAUGAGAAACUGACAAGUGAUGAAUGCACGGAACCAACAGAACGGUUACAAUUACUAUAGAUAUAAAAAAGAACACAACAUACAAUAAAAUGGCGGGGACUCGCUUCGAGGCAAAACAUGUCCAACCCAAUAGAUAAUCGAUUCACUGCGGUACGUUUCGGUAACUUCAGCUAGAUUACGAUGCUAAAAAAAUCGAAAGCUCAGCAUAAAAUAGAACUCACUGCUGAGCUAAACCUACUAAAAGAGAGAUUCAUGUAUAUUUUCGAAAAAAACUGCUCGAGUCAAAAAUAUUUCUUAGACGAUAUAAUUUUUAGACUAAGACAUAGGUUUUACGUGGAUGUUCGGGCCAGUUUCAAAGGAUUGGUACGUCUUGUUUUGGGGCUAACCCCGUCACGUACAUGAAUACGAUAGAGACAACGCAUGCUGCUAGCUGAAAAAAGUUCGAUGAUUUCUUUCGUCUUCGAGGACUUCAUAAGUGUGUCCCUUUCCUACAAGGAUUCUAUUCCCUCAGAGCAGUAUACAGCAUGGGGCGCUCGAAAAGCCACUGCUAGGCACCCACUGCAAAGGAAACUACAAUUCGUCUCAGCACAAAAAUGAGCAACGACCAGACGAUAAGAAAGAAGCACCUAAAAGUUCCGUUUGAAAUUUAAAAAGAAAAAAAAUGUUAUAAUAGGUACAAUAGGAUCAAACGAUCUCCAGGCAUAGGUGAAACAAUGCAAUACUUCGGACAUGCAGAUUUGUCCAUUUUACCAGUAAAUAUACAAGAACAGAAGACAAGAUAUCGAUCAGAAACGCUAACAGAUGAUUGAAACGCAAAAUCGUAUAUAUCGUCGUAUAUAGACUUUUAUGUUCUUAUGCAUUUCGGUGUUCUAUUAAAAGUGCUAGCAUACACGCAUAGUGAGCAUAAACUACUAGUAAUAAGUCAAUUGUACACUUGGCUGAUCUAUACGCAGAAACUUCACGUGAGUAAGUUGUCGUUUUUUGACUUCAUCAGAUUUUAAGCUAUUAUGUUGAAGUAUUGAACGAUAAACAAUUACCAAAGAAGCUCAUAUCAAGAAAUAAUCAAAAGUAGCUGGUUAUUUAUUUUGGGUCGAUGGCUGGGGUUUCAAUACGCCCAACUAGCCAGCAAUAGCACUCGUAGUUACUAUUGAAACUUUUAUUAAAGCUACCUAUUUUGCUCCUCUUGAUGUACACAUAGUCCAACGAGAACAACGUCAGUCGAGCGGGAACAUGGUCAACAGUGUAGGGCGUACCGCGUCUGCGAUUUCCGCUAAUACUGGCAUCAGCUGCUCCAACCUAAUACGAUUAGUUUUUACGAGCAAAGUUUUGAACGUCGUUUACAUAUUGUGUGAAACUAUAACACUAAAUAAACGUUAAGGUAUCUCCAGUGUGCAAGAUCUUUCACGCAGAGAGGGGAAAACGACAUGAAAGAUAGAAGAGCAGCGUCGAAGCUGAAAGACAGCAGGGAUAUGGGAUAUCGGGAAAGGGAGUUAGAUGGAUCAAUUAUACACUAAUAACUAAAAAUAAACAUGAUGAUUAUAUGCAUAGAGUAGAUAGUAACCAUUAUGAGCACAUUGAUUAAUAUUGAUAUUAUUACUGAAGAUACGGCGACAGCUGUUACGGAUCGUUAUACACGUCAUGCAAUAACAGCCUCGUGGCGCAGACAGCCGAAGUAUUACUGAUCAAAAUUUAGCGGACGGUGUGACGGAGACUAUAAAAUGGCAGGAACUAAACUAGGCGGGACGAUAAAGACGGGCAACAAACAAGCCGAAUACAAAAUGAAAAUCAAGGCCAAAUGACGAGACUGAGAAUUUGACAAAAAUAAACAAAAAAUUGUAAAUUUAUCGGGGCAUAAGUGAGGCGCAAAGAUGAACCGGUGAAACACUACCGAGACGAAGACCAGCAGAAGAAGAUUUGCGAAAAUGACAACAGAAAAUGAUUUACAGAAAAAGCAAAUAAACAAUAUCGUAUACGUUUAGUGUAACGCAGCCGACAUAAAAGGCGGAAAUUGAAUAAUAGAUAAUGCGCUCCAAAACGAAUACUGCGUAAGUUAGAGCCAAAUGAUAGAUAACAAAAAAUUGCGAUGAAGAUGAAAUUUCAAUGAUAAUGAUAUAAUGCAAAAUACGAUCAUUAAU